AUGUUACCAAAAUGUUUGGGGGAUAAAAUUGAAAAAGUUCAAAAAAGAGCUCUCCGUAUUAUUUAUCCGACAACAGACAACGAAGAUGCUCUCAACAUCGCUCAAUGCAAGCGCCUUGACGACAGACGUCAAGAAUUAUGUGCUAAAACGUUCAAAAAGAUCUUAAAACCCGAUGCUCACCUCAACCACCUCUUACCCCCACUCCGUGAAGAAUCGCAUGAACUGGACUUAAGAAACAAUUCUAACUUCACACUAACUAAAUGCAGAACUGAACGUUUUAAAACUAGUUUUAUACCAGCAAUGACUGCUAAUUUAAUAGUAAAUAAUUUGUAGUAUUUUAACAACUGUACAUAUACGAUAUAUCUAUAUUUAUAUUAUUUAAUAUUUAUCUUUUAUUAUGUUUCUGUAAGCAUAUUGCAAUUCACCUUCGGGUGCCAAAAUGUGUUUCUUAAUAAACCUUUAAUAAUAAUAAUAAUAAUAAUACAAUGUUAUUUGGAACGUUCUCUCUUAGCGCGAACAAUACACCUCCUCCUCGUUUCUUUCCUGGUCUAUCCUUUCUGAUUAUAUUGUAGUCGUUAAGUAAAAUCUCAUUUUCAAAUAUCUUAUCAUUUAACCAAGUUUCUGUAAUAGUGAUAACAUCUAAGUUCUCACCAUAGAAAAGGUCCUGAAACGAUUUUAAAUUACUGGUAGUAGAGUUGUGGCUUCGAGGCUUUGAGCCUUAACCCUAUUUGUACCGGGGGUGCGCACAAUGAGCGCACCCCUAUAAAUAUUUAUCCGUCAUUCCUGAACAAAUAAUCCCAUUUGCCUGUGCUUUCAUGACUUUUAAUAUUUUUCCUCUGCCGUUAUGACUGGGAAAAAAAUUUUCAGAAAAUUCAUCGUUAUUGCCGACAUUUGUCAAACAAGGUGUCGGGGCCAAAAAUGGGAAAAUGUGGGCUGGACAGUAUUAUUUGGCUGAAUCACUUCCCAGGACAUAAAUAACAAUAUAAUUAGAGAACAUAUAAAGAUGGAUUAUUACACUUGAUUUGCAAAGUAAAAUAUCCAUAAUAUAUUAUAUAAAAUAGUAAAAUAUAGUAUAACAUGUAAUAUAGUUUACUACAAAAUACUAAUAUAUUAUAAAAUGUUUAUUUUAAUACAAUAUUUUUAUAUGCACAAAUACACAUAUUUCUUUGUACCUUCAAGGCAUAACAUCUUCUUGUCUUUAGCAAACACCACACAUGUAGGAACCAUGAUAUAUUGCAGAGUAUAUGAACGGUCUUUGAUACGACAAAUAUACGAAUUUACUACAUAAAAUAUUUCGCAUAAAAUCCUUGCGAAUAUUGUAGUUUCAAAGUCAAUAUUGUGUUUUCAAAACUAUACUGCAGGCUCGUAGCUUAUCUGUGGUACACUUCAUGUAACACAUAGUAUAUUGAUAUAAAAACAUGGUCGCCAUGCAUUUCGUAUUUUUUCUACAAAUUUUUGUUGAUCGACUUCAGAGUUCAGAUCAACUUAUUCGGUUUAUACUAAAGAAGUUAUGCCAACAAAAAGAGCUAGAGUUUCAGCAGAGUGGGCAAUUGGGAAUAUUAUGCAUUUCUGCUAUUUAUGGAAUUUUAUGACAACAAUGACAGUCUCACAGUGAUGAAGAUAAAAUCAGUGAUGUUGAAAAUUAUUUGGAUUGUUUAUAUGAGAGACAGAUAAAGUCUCAGUUGUAUGUCUUUUCAUAUGGUACAAAAAUGCCAGCUUGGAAAGAAAAAUAAUGGUGUUUGUGGACAUCUGAGAUAUGCCAUAACAUAAAAAUAUGUCUUUUGAAUGUAAAAGACCAAAAAAAUAUCACAUCCAAAAUGUUUUUUAUCUCAUUACGAAAAAUAACCAAAAGGGGUAAAAUAUUAGCAAUAUUCGCCAUUUUGUGAUAGGCGGUCGAAUCCAAUGGAGCCAAAAAACAGCAUUUUGGAUGUAAAUUUAGCUUUUUUGUUAUUUUUAGGUUAAAGAAAGAUAAAACUUACUAAAAAUAAAACUUAUAGGAUAAUGGCAGUUAAUCGACAGAAUUUCUGAGGGGUGCGCCCUAUCAGCGCACCCCCGGUCAUAUCAACAUGAAAAAACCCCGGUACAAAUAGGGUUAAAGGAAAGUCAUCGUAAUGAUGUUGAGUUGCAUGCAGGUCCGGGAUUAAUUGCUAUAUCACCAGCAAGUAGAAUACACAGGAGAAGUUGCAAAUUACUAUUCGCAAUGUUAAAUUGAAGGCCAUAUUUGUGAUUAGACAUGAGAGGGAAAGUAGACUUACGUAAAGUAUUAUCGCGCGUGGAGGACCGAAGACAACACAAUCGAUUUGAUAUUGACACAAGUUCUGGGGAAAUGCUACAGAUAUUCUGGGGAAAUGUUCUGUCGUUGGGUUGAAUUUCUGAUGGUUUUGAUCUUAUUGAUAACCAGAAAGUUAAAAUGAGGAAGAAGAGAUAUCCAAAAACUUUAUUGAGCAUUUUAUUGCAUAAGAUGCAAAAGUUCCAACGGUCAAAAAUAAUUAAUGUUGAAUAACUCAUGAACAGUACGUUUAAAUAACACCAAUAUUAUACAAAAUAACCGAAAACGAUUCGUAGAUCACACAGCAAUAUUCAGACGAAAACGACAAACGACGACAAAGAUAUUGUUCAUUAACCAAAAUUCACAGUUGUAAUACGAUAGUAAUACGAUCCAACAAACCAAAAAAACUUUACACCACGAUACAAAUCCAAUUUCAAAAUACGAUGCGAGGAUGCACAAAAUCCUCAAAAUUAUAGACUAGGCGAAAAAUUCAAGAACUCGAUUAUUGAAAGUGCAUGAGGCAAUUCUUAGUAAAAGUUAGCCUGCAAACAGGCUCUCUUUGAACUCUCUUUGAAAUUUGAGAGAGAGCCUGCAGGCCUAGCUAAUAAAAACACGUCUGUGCGUUGCUUAGAACGGCGCAGGGUUCCCAUUGGUUGAAAUCGAGUAGUUGGUUAUUAACUGCCAUAAAAGGUAAUGCAAUUUACACAAAAAUAGAUUCAAGGUGUCAACACAAAGUGCGGAAAUCGAAAAAUAUCGUUCUAUAGCGAUAAAAAAUGUAUUAGAUGUGUUGUAUAGAAAACUAAAUUUUCGUUUAAAGUUAAAGGAUGGGCAGUCAAAAGCUCACAAUAUUCUAGACGGAAACGAUGUUUUUGCCGUAUAAGAGAUUGACAACACUAUAAAUAGUGAUGGGCACAGACGUAUUUUUAUUGACUAAACCGGCAGGCUCUACUUCAAUUCAAAGAGCUUGUUCGCAGGCUAAGUAAAAGUUGGCGACAAGUAUCUUCUUGUGUAGUUUUUGACGCUGAAUCCGAAUUUCAUGGUCGCCAACUCUGAUUUUGCGUUUGGAUCAAGAUAAUGACAUCAUAUUAAUGACGUCAUGUGCUGACACUAGAAAUGACGCUCUCUUACUUGUUCGUGUCUAUUUCGAAAUUGCAAGCUAUUUUCUCCUUUGUGAGUUUUUUAAAAAGCUAAUAGACCAGAAAUAAGCAUAAAGUUUACGAAUAAUACGAAAUAGCCGAUUAAAUCAAUGAAAUAAACAAAUAAUUUGCAGACUUUAAUUUUACGGCGAGAAAUGAAAGCUGAUGAAACCGAAUUAUUUUUUUAGUGUUUAAGAGUUUUGAACUUCUGGCGAUCGUGGCAUAAGUAUACUUGAAAACAGAACUGGAAAUAAGCGUCUGAAGAGUAGAGAAUGGGUUUGUAGACUAGAUGUUGGCGCCGUCUUGGCGCCGUCUUGGCGCCGUCUUGGCGGCGCCUGUCUGAUUUGUAAAAUGUAUUAAAAGGCGUUGAUUUUCUUCUUGAUUUAAUAUAUUUCACCGUUAGAAGACAAUAGAAAUUUGCGAAGUCUGUUUUCUUAAUUGCAUGGGAAAAAUUGGUUCAGUUUUGCUGCUAUUGUUUGUUGCGGAUCUUGUGGUCUUCAACUUUCGAGCCGCAAAGAUGGAUCCCGUUUUAACGUUAAAAAGAUCUUCACAAAUCGACGUAAAUGUUUGUAUUUUCUGACAGGCCAGUCUUAAAGAUGAACACUUGAGAGCUGCUACUGAUUAUAGCAGAACGGUAGUUCGCGAUGCCAUGAAUUUGCGGAGCAAGUUUAAAGAUGUUGGGAACAGGGAAACAAUCAGUAGGCUGGAAGAAGUCAUAAAUAGUAUUGAUACUUCAAUCGUUUGGCAUGUUAAAUGCUUUUCCCUAUUCACAAGCAAAGACAAAAUUCAGCGCCUGGAGAAAAAGUGCAACAAAGAUUAG